AUGACCCAGGAUAAACCAGCUGUCAUCUGCGUCUUCUGCGGUUCUACUGCAGGCAAAAACCCAGUGCAUCUGGAAGCAGCCCGGGCUCUGGCCUACGAGUUUCAUAAGAACAAUGUUCAACUAGUAUACGGCGGUGGCACCACGGGUCUGAUGGGUGAGAUUGCGAAGACAUUGGUCUCAUUGUCUGGGCCAAAAGCUGUGCACGGUGUGAUUCCACGAGCACUGGUCAAAGUAGCUGCAAGGAAUAGCGCUGGCGAGGACGAGACCGCCUCCGACACCACAGGAGGCAAGGCUGCCGAGCGAGUAGUCUCGGAAUUGUUGGACGGGAAUGAGAUUCCAGAGUCGAAAUUCGGUCUUACGACAAUCGUGCCAGACAUGCAUACGCGCAAGCGGCUAAUGGCCACGAAGGUGCUCGAAGGCGGGCCUGGAUCCGGGUUUGUGUCGUUAGCUGGCGGGUAUGGGACGAUUGAGGAGGUCAUGGAGAUGACGACAUGGAAUCAGCUAGGUAUCCAUCGUGUUGGCGUUGUGUUGUUGAAUAUUAAUGGCUACUGGGAUGGAGUCCUGGCAUGGGUACGGACUGCGGUGCAAGAAGGUUUUAUCAGUGGUGAGAAUGGCUCCAUCCUGACGGAGGCGCAUGACGUGAAAGACGUAUGGCCAAAGUUGGUGGAAUAUCAGUGCAGCCCUGAUCGGUACCAACUGAACUGGGGUCAGGAGUGA